AUGCCCUCCAACACAGCAUCCGAGCGCAGCGAUGCUGCAGGUAGCUCAUCCAAAACAUCGCUCUUAUGGGCCUACCAACUCCGCCGCGAACAUGUCCACCUCGUAGAUCGCAUCGACGACAUGAGCACCCAGCUCGUCUCUUACAACGACAAAUCACAAACCUACGAACAGAACCUCUCCACUCUCGAUGGUCUAGUCAAGACUCUCCAAGCAGAGAACUACACUCUCAAGAAUGAGGUGACUCUCGUGCGCACGAAGCUUACUGCCAGGAUCGAGGGUAUCAGUCAGCAAAUCACUGCAUUCUUGAGUGGUGACAAUGCAGCGAUAGAUGCGACGAAGCAGCUGAAGCUGGAGUUUAGAGCUAUGGGGCUUCAGAUGUCAGAGUUGUCGAAGAGCGUGUCUGGGUUGAAAGGGGAGAUAGCGAGUGUCAUUGCCCAAAAAGGGGGCCAUUGCGGUCUGCAGGCGGAUGCUGAGGCAGGGCAGGGUAAUGCAUAUUUGGCAAAGAUUGAGUCUGUAUUAGAGCAGAUUGAGACACGGCCGAAAUGCAUUGUCAGGUUGUCCUUGGGGAAGAAGAGAGAUCACCCAGAACCAUCGCCCGAGCCAGCAGCAGAAAUCACAAACGCUCCAGAUAGCAUGCUAAGCCAAGCGGUUCUAUCCGCCCUGUCUACAGUGUCUGACCAGACCGAAUCACUCGUCCCCGGCCCCAUGCCUCUUCCAAACCCGUACGACCGCAUCUUCCAACAAAUUCACCAAAACGGCCGCACAAUCAGCGAUUACCUCGUCUUCACCUCAAACCUACGCAUCCAACUGCCCAGACGUAAGCAAGAAGGUCACAUAGUCGAGGCAUUCUUUGACGGUAUUACUGAGGACUCGGAUGGCAAGGCGUUCAAGGCAUCGCUGGAAGACUAUCUGGACAAGACUGGGUGGGUAUGGAAUAAUCUUGAAGUAUUUUGUAAGCCGCGUGCAUUGCGGAAUAAGAGGAGGGCGAUAUAUAAUACCAGAGCGAGGUCACGGGCGAAUGCUUUGGUGAAACAGAUAGGAGAUGAUUUGCAGGUAUGA